CUGCAAGAUGCUGGCCCGUGCUCUCCGAUCGUCCGCGCUGUCGCGCGCCGCGAGCCGCCGCUUCAUCGGCGGGUUCGCUGCCGAGGCGUCCGCGCCCACCGUGGCCGAGAAAGUGGUGAACGUGGUGCUGGUGGACUACGAGGGCAACCGCCACGUGGUCAAGGGCCGCGCCGGCCAGACGCUGCGCCAGGCCUGCGAGAUGAACAACGUGGGCUUCGUCAAGGACGACUCGAUGGGCGGCGGCGGCGUGUUCGACGCCCGGCGCGCCGACUUCUACACCGAGUCGCUCUUCGGCGAGGGCGCCGCGUCCCCGCAGUCGCACGUCGUCGUGUCCAACGAGUGGAUCUCCAAGCUGCCGGCCGCCAACUCGCAGGAGCGCCACAUCAUCGACACGUACGUCCCGGCCGAGGACCGCUCCGUCAACUCGCGUCUGGGCACGGAGAUUGUGCUGCAGAAGGAGCUCAACGGCCUCGUGGUGGCUGUGCCUGAGGCGCCGCCCGUCGAGACCUACGACUACGUCCACGAGUACGACGAGGACGAUUACGAGUCGUACGACGACGAGCACCAGCAGGCGUAAGGGGAAAAGAGCGUGUCUCUCUGUAGGGGGUGGAGCACGCUGCGCGAGCGAGCCGCAGGUUCGGACUCACGGACGCAACGCCUCAGUGACUUAUGCCAUCUGGACCCGAGACGAGCGAGCGAGCGAGUAUCAAGCCCACCGCCAUAACUAACAAGAAGAAGAAGAAGAAGAAGAAGAAGAAAAAGAAUGCAAGGUAAAAGACGCUUU